UGAAACGUUGGGGGGGCAGUGCUCGGAGAGUAAGGGAGGAGAGAGGAGGAGGAGGAGGAGUAACGCGGUGCUGCGGAGCGAGAAGCCCUAAGCCAGCCCUGCCUACCUCGCCACAGCCGCCGCCAACCCUCCCUUCACCAACCCCGCGCUCCCGACAGCUUCGAGUGCGCCGGCCGCACCCGCCCCUUCGGAGCCUCGGGGCGCCGCCGCCGCCGCCUGCUAUGUAGGCUGCGCUGACCGGGGGCGCGGAUCCGGAGGCCGCAGCGCACCUCAGGUUUCGCCGGGGGGUCCCGGCGGCGUCGACUGUACGAGGAGGGCGUCGGCGAGGACAGCAGCGCGGCUGCCCGCCCCGGGGGCCCCGCAGGCGGGAUGUUCUCCAAGAAGCCGCACGGCGAUGUGCGGAAAUCCACGCAGAAGGUGCUGGACACCCGCAAGGACCCGCUCACCCGCCUCAAGCACUUGCGCGUCGUUAUCGAGAAUGCAGAAUCUAUCGAUCUAAAGCAGUUUUUUGACCUACAUUUUUCACAUAUAUAUUACAUCUUCUUUGAAAAUUUUGUGACUAUUGAAAUUAGUCUUAAACAGAAAGGUCACAAGUCACAGAGAGAAGAACUAGAUGCAAUACUUUUUAUUUUUGAGAAAAUUUUACAACUUCUUCCAGAAAGAAUUCAUCAAAGAUGGCAGUUUCACAGUAUUGGAUUAAUUUUAAAGAAAUUACUUCACACAGGGAAUUCUUUAAAGAUUCGUCGCGAAGGUGUACGUCUCUUCCUCUUGUGGUUGCAAGCACUUCAGAAUAAUUGUAGUAAAGAACAGCUAUGUAUGUUUUCUUGUUUAAUUCCUGGAUUUCCAUCACCGCAGUCUGAACACGGGCCUCGAACACUAGAUAAUCUCAUUAAUCCUGUGCUCAGUGUUCAAGAAACACAAGUGACUGUAGAAGAAAUCACUCCACUUGUCCCCCCACAAUCAGGAGAUAAAGGACAGGACGAUCUAACAAGCUAUUUUUUAGAAGCACUUUUGAAAUACAUAGUAAUUCAGGUCAAAAGCCUGGAAUGGAAGAACAAAGAAAACCAAGAAAAGGGAUUUUCAUUCUUAUUUUCACAUUUUAAGAAAUACUACUUGCCUUAUAUUUUCCCAAACAUGUGUAAGGAGAGCAGCUUGUAUAACCCUGUACUUGAGAUACCGCAGACGAGACCAAAGCCACAUUAUGUAAUGAUAAAGAAAGAUGCUGAAACCAAUGAAGCAAUAUAUUGCACAAAGGAACCCUUCCUUAAGGCCCGGGUUAUUGUCAUCCGAUGGUUGGUGUCUUUCUGGCUUGAGCCAAAACCUCACGCAGGACCUCAGAUUCCUGGAAUGGAGGGUGAAACUGUGCCAAAGAAUAUUCAGAGAGCAGCUGCUAGCCUGGUUUCUAGAGAAGACAGCAAAAAUGACAGUACUGACAGACCUGAUAGAAAUGCAGAGCCAGAACAGUCUCAUUCCAACACAAGCACACUAACUGAAAGAGAACCCAGUUCCUCCAGUCUUUGCAGUAUUGAUGAAGAACAUCUAACGGACAUUGAAAUAGUUCGCAAAGUGUUUUCUUCAAAGAGAAGUAACGUUAAUUUUCUUACAGAAAUCUUUCGUCAGGCAUUUUUACUGCCAAUAUGUGAAGCAGCAGCUAUGAGGAAGGUGGUAAAAGUAUAUCAGGAGUGGAUCCAACAAGAAGAGAAGCCUUUAUUUAUGAAAGAACCAGAAGAAGUUUUGUCAUCAAGUAUAGACUGUGAAGAAAAUAUUACAGAACAUAAUUCAUCAGAGAAGGGAAAAGAAAGGGAGGAGGAAAUCAUGGGUAAUUCUGGUCCUGUUCGAAAUCCAAGCUGGACAAAAAAUGGUUGUUAUCAGGAGAUUCCCCAUAAAAUAGCUGACUUGGAUGUCAUAGAACAAGGCAUACGAGCCGGGGUCCAAGCAGUACUGCAGGUUUUCAUAACAAAUUCCUCAAAUAUAUUUCUUCUUGAGCCAGCAAAUGAGAUUAAAACACUGCUGGAUGAACAUACGGAUAUGUGUAAACGCAUUCUUAAUAUCUACCGUUACAUGGUAGUGCAAGUAACCAUGGACAAGAAGACUUGGGAACAGAUGCUGCUUGUGCUGCUCAGGGUCACAGAAUCAGUACUGAAAAUACCAUCUCAAAUUUUUCUACAGUAUCAAGGAAGAAAGAAUUCAACAUUAGCAGGAAGGCUUGCUGGACCUCUUUUCCAGACUCUCAUAGUAGCUUGGAUCAAGGCAAAUCUAAAUGUGUACAUCUCCCGAGAACUUUGGGAUGACCUUUUGUCAGUAUUGUCAUCAUUGACUUAUUGGGAAGAGCUGGCCACAGAGUGGUCACUGACUAUGGAGACUCUAACAAAAGUAUUAGCUAGAAACCUAUACAGCUUGGAUCUCAGUGACCUCCCACUGGAUAAACUAAGUGAACAGAAACAAAAGAAACAUAAAGGCAAAGGAGUUGGGCAUGAGUUUCAAAAGGCAUCGGUUGAUAAGUCGUUUUCAAGAGGCUGGAGCCGUGAUCAGCCUGGUCAAGCCCCAAUGAGACAGCGCAGUGCAACAACUACUGGGUCUCCAGGAACAGAAAAGGCCAGAAGUAUUGUGCGACAAAAAACAGUUGCCAUGAGAAGCCGAUCCAUUGGUGAAUGUGCUCUGCCAUCGGCCUAUAUACGCAGUGCUAAAAGUGCUCCUGUUCUGAUCCAUACUUCCAAACCCUUCUUGCCUGAUAUUGUUCUCACUCCCCUUUCUGAUGAGCUUUCAGACAUGGAUGAUGCUCAAAUCCUCCCACGUCCACCUCGCGUCAGACAUUUUUCACAGAGUGAGGAAACGCCCAGUGAAGUUUUUGAUGCGUUGAACGAGGAGCAGACACUUCCACGAAGUAGCAGCACAUCUGACAUCCUGGAACCAUUCACAGUUGAGCGAGUCAAAGGUGCAGUUCCUGUCAUUGACGAUUCAUCCCAUCAUGCGCCAAGCUUACAGAGUUCCACAGAGGCCUCUUCAAUAUGUAGAUCCACUGAAAGUCAUGUUACUGAUACAAAUAGCCGAGAGUCCUCUCUGGAAGUUGGGGAUAGUAUUUAUGACCAUCUCUGUCAUUUGGUAGGCCCGGUAGAACUUGCAGAUACAGCCUUUGAACAAAACCAGUAUGUUGACCUUGAAGGUGAAGAUGAUCUUCUUUCCUCUCUGAGAGAAUAUCUUAAGGAAAACGAAGAACUUUGCAGUAGCAUUGAGAUAGAUAAGCAUGAGCCGCCUUCUCAUGAAGUUGAUGCAGGAAUAAGUAGGAAUGAUAAAUUGCCAUUGGAUGGAGUAGAGCAUACAGACCAGACUGUUACAUGUGCAAGUAGUAUCACUGUUGCAGAAAGUGCCGAUGAUGCAGAACUGCAAUUGGAGCAAAACCAAAGUGGCUUUAUAAGUAAUAUUGCACCUACACAAGUAGACAGUUCUACAGGAAGCCAAGCUGAUAAAGCUAAACAUUUAAACAUUGAUAGGCCCAUCCAAAAUCUGCCUGAUCCCAGGUCAAGCCCUAGAGAAAAGGAAAUGAAGAGGUAUUUGUUCAGACAAAUUGCCACUGAUGUAGAUGUAUCUGUGGAAGCAGUGCUAGCUGAAAAGCAUAGAAGUGCCCUCUUUAAUGAAAAAAUAACCAACACAAGUGUUAUGCAUGCAAAGAAAAUGCCACAUAAAGCCUUAGUUAACCCUGAAAUGCUUCACAUUACUGGCAUGAGCAAACUGUCACCAACUAAGAGAAGCAUAUCUGAAACGGUAACCCAUAAGGCUAAAAUAAUGAAAAUAGCAGCUAAAAAGCGAAACAGUGUCCAUGUUACUUUUAGGCCAUCUACUGAAUCAGUUCAGUUUUAUAAUCCUCUAGAAAACAAAGAGGCCCCCUGGAAAGCAAGACUUCGUAAACUCAGUGGUUUCAGUAGCGGGAGCAGUAGCAACAGCAGCAGCAGCAGCAGCAGCAACACAAGCACCAGCUCAUCCACAGUGGCUGUGCUGGUCAAACCCGGAAUAUAUAGGCCUCUAGAUCCAGCCAGUACAACUUCUGCUUAUAGUAGGCAAAUUAAAGAAUCAGGAGAUGUUCCAGCAUUCGUGUUGCAGAAGGAAAGUAUUGGAAUAAGUCAAAUGUCAAACCGUAGCCCACCUAAGCCAUCGAGUCAGGAGUCGGGACAACAGCAGGGCUCCCUGGGUGGUGUUUAUAAAUCUGUUGUACAUGCUCUUUCGAAGCCGAAGGCAAAUGUUUCCCCACAGAGGCAGAGCAGAGUGCCAGCAGAGGCUCCACUGAGGGAUCUGUACAGUCAUGUAAUGGGCUAUUUUGGAAAGAAAGCUGCAGUCAUUCAUUUGCUUUUAGCCAAUAGAGAGGAUAUGAGCCCAAAGCAGAACCCUCUUGGUAGUGAUAAUGGCAGUAGUAAUGCAAAUAUUCCUGACCUCAUGGAUGAGUUUAUAGCUGAAAGACUGCGCAGUGGUAGCGCUCUGAAUGUGACCAGAAGAGGGAGCAGUCCAGGAAGCUUAGAAGUUCCAAAAGACCUUCCCGAUAUACUGAACAAGCAGAGCCAAAUGCGCCCUGCGGAUGACCCAGGUGUGCCUUCUGAGUGGACGUCUCCUGCCAGUGCAGGCAGCAGUGACCUUGUCAGUUCCGACAGCCAUUCGGACUCCUUCAGCGCCUUCCAGUAUGACGGCCAAAAAUUUGAAAAUUUCAGCUUUGGCCCUGAAGGUGGCACAACAACUUCUGCAGAGUCUGAUGCAGGUUCAGGACCUCAGCAAAGUGCUGAAGAACAGGAAGUUGCUAGUCUAACUACACUCCAUAUUGAUUCUGAGACCAGCAGUCUCAAUCAACAACCACUAUCUGCUGAAGCAGCAACUAUUACAGGUUCUGAAAGCGCAUCACCAAUCCAGUCUGCUCUUGGAUCACGAUCACAGACACCAUCACCUGCCACUCUGAGUGCAGAUCACAACGAACAGAAAGAUCUACAGCUGGAUGAGAAGCUCCACCACUCUGUUUUACAGACACCAGAUGACCUAGAAACUAGUGAUUUUCCAUCUGAAUGCUGCAGUGUGAUGGCAGGAGGAACAGUCACUGGAUGGCAUGCAGAUGUAGCUACCGUAAUGUGGAGACGAAUGCUAGGAAUUUUAGGAGAUGUCAAUUCCAUUAUGGACCCUGAAAUACAUGCUCAAGUUUUUGAUUACCUUUGUGAACUCUGGCAAAAUCUUGCUAAGAUUAGAGACAAUCUUGGCAUUUCAGCUGAUAACAUGACAUCACCUUCUCCACCAGUUCUAAUUCCUCCAUUGCGAAUUCUGACUCCGUGGCUGUUCAAGGCAACCAUGUUGAGUGAUAAGUACAAACAAGGCAAGUUACAUGCUUAUAAACUCAUAUGUAAUACAAUGAAGCGGAGACAAGACGUUUCUCCAAACAGGGACUUUUUAACUCAUUUCUACAAUAUAAUGCACUGUGGACUACUUCACGUUGAUCAGGAUAUCGUCAAUACAAUCAUCAAGCACUGUUCUCCUCAGUUUUUUUCACUUGGUUUACCUGGUGCUACCAUGCUGAUCAUGGACUUCAUUGUUGCAGCUGGUAGAGUGGCGGCAUCCUCUUUUCUCAAUGCACCAAGAGUAGAAGCACAAGUUCUCUUAGGCUCUCUGGUUUGCUUUCCCAAUUUAUAUUGUGAACUCCCAGCUCUACACCCAAGCACUCCUGACAUUGUUGUGUCUCCGUUUACAGAUGUUAAGGAACUGAUCAUCAAAACGGUAUUAAGUUCUGCCAGAGAGGAGCCAUCUGGACCGGCAAGAUGUGUUGCUCUUUGUAGCCUUGGCAUAUGGAUAUGUGAGGAACUGGUGCAUGAAUCCCAUCAUCCUCAGAUCAAGGAAGCUCUGAAUGUGAUCUGUGCAUCAUUAAAAUUUCCAAAUAAAACGGUUGCGCAUGUUGCUUGCAAUAUGCUUAAUAUGUUGAUUCAUUAUGUACAGAGGCUACAAAUGUACCAAGCAGAUUCACCAUUAAAAAUUAUUCAGAUCCUGAUAGCAACCAUCACUCAUCUCUUGCCCAGUACAGAAGCUUCUUCUUACGAACAGGACAAGAGGCUGGUGGUCUCUCUACUUCUCUGUCUGUUGGACUGGAUAAUGGCAUUGCCUUUAAAGACACUGUUGCAACCUGUUCACACUUCAGGAUCUGAAAACGAUAAAAUGGAAAAAUCUGUUCUCAAUUGCAUAUAUAAGGUCCUUCAUGGGUGUGUUUAUGGAUCUCAGUGCUUUAGCAACCCCAAAUAUUUUCCUGUGAGCCUAUCUGAUUUGGCAUCUUCUGAUUAUGAUCCUUUUAUGCAUUUGGAAAGUCUCAAGGAGCCAGAGCCAUUACAUUCUCCAGAUUCAGAACGGUCGUCAAAACUCCAGCCAGUCACAGAAGUAAAAUCUCACAUGCAACAAGGACUGAUCUCUGUGGCAGCUCGCACUGUGAUCACUCAUUUGGUAAACCAUUUAGGCCAUUAUCCCAUGAGUGGGGGACCUGCUAUGCUCACGAGUCAAGUGUGUGAAAACAACGACAAUCCUUACAGUGAAAGCCUUGAACUUUCUCCUGAGCUCUUUGAGAAUCCCAAUCUGCAGUUCUUUGUGUUAAACAGAACAACUUUAGUUUCCUGUAUACAGAUCCGAGCGGAAGAAAACAUGCCUGGAGGCGGUUUGUCUGCUGGGCUUGCAUCAGCUAAUUCAAAUGUUAGAAUUAUAGUGCGUGAUCUCUCUGGCAAAUAUUCCUGGGAUUCUGCCAUUCUGUAUGGACCUCCACCUCUUUGUGGUUUAUCUGAACCAACUUCUUUUGUCCUCUCACUACCCCAUCAAGAGAAGCCAGAAGAUGUGUCAGAACCGACUGUGUAUGUAGAAGAAGUAUGUGUAAAGGAUGGAAUUGCACUCCAGGUAAAAAAAAGAUGUAGAGAGACUGUACCAACAUGGGACACAAUUAGGGACGAAGAGGAUGUCCUUGAUGAGCUCUUGCAGUAUAUAGGAAUCGCUAGCCCAGAGUGCUUGCAGAGGACAGGUGUAUCGCUCAAUGUUCCUGCUCUUCAACCUCUGUGUGUUUCAGAGAAGCAGGAACAUGAUGUAAUUAAUGCAAUCCUUAAGCAACAUACGGAAGAGAGAGAUUUUGUUGAAAAGCACUUCAGUGACUUAAAUAUGAAGGCUAUGGAGCAGGAUGAGCCAACUCCGCAGAAGCCCUCUUCGUCAUUUUACUAUUGCAGAUUGCUUCUUAGUAUUCUGGGAAUGAAUUCUUGGGAUAAAAGGAGGAGCUUUCAUCUUCUGAAAAAAAAUGAAAAGCUGCUUCGAGAACUUAGAAAUUUGGAUUCAAGACAAUGUCCUGUGUCUUACAGCCGAGAGACUCACAAAAUCGCAGUAUUUUAUGUUGCUGAGGGACAAGAGGACAAACACUCCAUCCUUACUAAUACUGGAGGAAGCCAAGCCUAUGAGGAUUUUGUAGCAGGCCUUGGUUGGGAGGUGAACCUCACAAACCAUUGUGGUUUUAUGGGAGGGUUGCAAAAAAACAAAAGCACUGGACUGACCACUCCAUAUUUUGCUACCUCUACUGUGGAAGUAAUGUUUCAUGUAUCAACUAGAAUGCCUUCUGAUUCAGAUGACUCCUUAACAAAAAAGCUAAGACAUUUAGGAAAUGAUGAAGUUCACAUUGUCUGGUCAGAACAUACGCGAGACUACAGAAGAGGAAUAAUUCCUACCGAGUUCGGAGAUGUGCUCAUUGUUAUAUAUCCAAUGAAGAAUUAUAUGUUCAGUAUCCAGAUUAUGAAAAAACCAGAAGUCCCAUUCUUUGGUCCAUUGUUUGAUGGUGCUAUUGUGAAUGGAAAAAUUCUUCCUAUUAUGGUUCGUGCAACAGCUAUAAACGCAAGCAGAGCACUGAAGUCACUCAUUCCAUUAUACCAAAACUUCUAUGAGGAAAGAGCUCGAUAUCUGCAAACAAUUGUCCAGCACCAUCUUGAUCCUUCAACUUUUGAGGACUAUGCAGCUCAGGUUUUCUGUCCAGCACCUUGCCACCAUUUGCCCUCUGAAACCGAAAGAAAUGGUGUGAUAUUUCUUCUCCUUCCCAAACCACCACUAGAAAGCAUUGGCCACUUCAAGGUAAAGGGCAAAGGCUUGAAACGGAAGGUCUUUCACGCUAGCUGUGAAUGGCUCCUACCCAGAGACUCAGGCGUCCGAAGCUCCAACAGCAGCGCAGAUGGACGGGCCCGAUCUAGCCUUCCCCAUUUCUCCCCGGACUAGCAAGAGCCGCAUGUCCAUGAAACUACGGCGCUCCUCUGGCUCAGCCAACAAGACCUAAGAAUGGGUGAAGCCUGCAGCCCCUUUUCCUGAGAUGUUUGUCUCCCCUCUGUACUUGUCCCACAUUUGUCCACUUGUUUGUUUAUUUUAGAGAACCAUAUUGGAAUUUUAUUUCAAACUGAAAAUACCUUGGCUUUCGUUAGAAUAUUUUUAUCUAAUUCCCUGCUUCCAUAACUUGUCAGUGUAGGGUCAUUUCUGCACCCGUUUUACCUUUCCUUGUGAGACCCUGUUUUAACCUCUGGGUCUGUUGCUAGCCACACCUGGGGCUGGAGACUGCAGGCAUGUUUCUCUGUUUUUUUGUACAACCCUCUAAAUAAAAAAGUACCAUUUGUAAAUGAAUGUACUAUUCAAAUGAAGAUGCACCUCUGGAGUCCUCUGCAAAGGUCACUAGGAGACACAAAAUUAUGUACAGAGAAUAUAUGUGAUAAGAAUUAAAGCCCUUCAAGUAAACAGAGGCCCAUCACCAUCUAUCCCUCUUACUCUCAUUCGCUGCUGGACAAGCACCACAGCAAGAUCCCAGUGCUGAAAUGCUAACAGCUUUCUACUCUCCUGCUAGUAUUUGCUUUCCAGAUGCGAGUUAUGGCCACUGUCAGCCUUUCUCUUCUGAAAACUGUCCCUUGGUCUUAUCUGUAAGAUAUGCAUACUUUCAAGCACUUUGCCAUGUCAGUCAUUUGCUCUGAGCUCUGUACCAUUACUGGGGAGAAAAAGGGACUGUGCCCUUGUAGCGGCAGAUGUAUGCACAAACACAUUCCACUCCAAAUUCCCACUACCCCCAGACGUAUUUUCAUACCGAAAAAAAUACAACUAUGUUGUUCGCCAUAUUCUGCUCUAACAAAAUGUAGCAUGGCACCGGUACUAACUGCAUGUGUAAAUAUCUGUCCUUCACCUGGGCAACUAUAGAAAUAUAUAUUGAUGUAUUUGUUCACCGUGUAGUAUAUACAAAUUUGUAAUGGUUGAAAAAAGACAUGCUAUUUAAUAAUACAAUAAAAUUAUUCUUACCACC